AUGACUCCUAGCUUUUGCCUCUUCUUCCUCGGCCUCUUUCUCCUUGCUUCUCUACCCACCAUGGCACUCGAACACCACCUCACCCCCUCCACCAAUGACACCAACGUUGUAGCCGAUAUGGACUCGAAGUUCGUGGAUUUAAUCUGUCCUCCAAGUCACCCAAUAUGCCAACUACCGAGAAUUAAGCCAUCUCGAAGACUCUGGUUUAACACUUCGAUGGCUGAUAUAGGCGAAUUUAAUUCGCGUUUUGGGGUGUGCACGACGCAGCAGCGUAUUCCAAGUGGAUACCUGCAGUUGUCAUGCGAGUAUCCCACCUCGAAACGCUUGAUCAAGCCGCAGGCACCACUCGCUCCACCAGCACUUCUUCCGAACGUGACUUGUAGACUACUUCCGAUCGGAGAGGAGUUUACUAUGAACCGAAUUACCAUUCCGGAAUUCAGGGUUCUCGGACCUCGGAAGUUGACAGUAGCGUGCACGGCUCUGUACGCGAACAUAUUCAUCGCUAACAGACCUCCCACACUGUGCUUUCGUUGGCGUAGCACUAUCGAGUCUCCACGACUUCAUUCCUCAACCUGGUCACAGCAUAAGUGUGUAGCGACCGGGCAGGUUGAGGACACUGUCACAGUAGCUGCAACCAAUGCUUACAAUUUUACAACUGAAGGUUCUUGCAUAACUGUAGAGGUGGAGAUUGUGGAACGUAACCGAGCUACAGUCGCUCAGGUAUUCUCCAUGCGUCUUCGUGUGUCACCUCCAUCGCUGGAGAAUCGAAUGUUUGUGGAGGUUACUCAACCCACUGAUUUCAACUCUUAUAAUCUGUUCUCUGACAAUUCAACCCGCAAUUAUACAUUGGUAGUAUUAAAUACUUCGCUAGAUCACCUGACGCUUGGGUUUUAUGCUCUAGACGAAGUUACUGCGAACACCUCCUGUUCGUCCCCAACUCUCGGGAAGGAGCACUUUUCUCUCAGUCGAACCACUGAUAGAUGGCUCUGUGAUGUGAUUCUACCGGCACAUACAUUCAACAUUUCGUUGCGUCAAGGCAAUUUGGAGACUCUGGUGACCGUCUAUCCCUCACCAAGUGCUCUUCUACCUCGUUCCACGGUGGCCAGUUUACGCGGUUCUGUUGACGUCCACAUUAAUGUCACAUGUCCUCUGGUUGAAAGUGAUACAAAGGCUCUUUUCACUACAGAACCUGACCGCGUUCGUUGGCUAGUAUAUCGUGGCGAUGAGCUGGUGAACGAGACGUACACACAUGUCCCAUGGCUGCUAAUCGCUCCUCUUAUCAACUCCACCGCAGUUGGUGUGGAACCGGUGCUGGAGUGGUCAUCGCCUUCAUCCUCUUCUCUGUCUGAAUUUAUCUCAAAUCUGUCCACCUUAAGUCUACCUUCUGUUGUUGACUUCUCGCGAAGACUUUGUGUCUCCUGUGAGACAUUUUUCACCCUCGGAGGCAGUAGUAAAAGCAGUAGAGAGUGUGUCACUCUCGAGGCGAAAGAGGAGCUACGUGAGGAGAACCUUUCUGUGGUUGAGACCGCCUUGCGUCGUUUCUCAUCUGCCUUCAUCCCUAUUCAGGUGUCCAACAUCUCGAAUCCGAGUUUUCGUAUCACUACGGCUUUUCCGUCAGAUGAUCUAGGCAAGAAUGGGUCCAUCUCUUCGCUAAGUGUCUACGCGGGUUCGAUACUCGAACUGCGAUGUAGCAUGAGUCGGACAAGUGAUUCCACACCUUGGCCACUUAUUGGAUUCACUGCGUACGAUGGGAAUCUAAGUCUUCCGGAUGGAACCCUUCGACUCUAUGCACUCCCCUUCACUCUUGAAAGUCGACUCCGAAUUCACACGUCGAUGGUGAAGACAUCUGACAUUGGUGCCUAUUCAUGUUUCACUGUUAAUGCUGAUGUGAUUCAUCUCUUCGUGAAUAUUGUUUCCUCAAAAGUUCCUGAAAUCGUUGAGCCUAAUCAACCUGUCCGUUACUUUACAGCCAACGAGCUUAUCCGACUUACUUGCCGGGCCAUCGGUGGGCCUGGACCGAUAAUUGUUUGGCGUCUUGUGAAUAGAACCCGGGAGAUUGAAACGACCGUCUUAAAGUGGUGCAAUGAGUCUUACUUGAAGGAGGAAAGCAGUUGCAGUUUGGUGUACGUGCCUCUUCCACUUGCCGAGAAUGUUACAAUUGAAUGCGAAGCCAUGAACUACCUCGGAAAUGCAGUUUAUACACUCAACAUGAUUCGUGUAAGUACUAACAGCGAAUUGGCUGGAAGCAUGCUCUUCAGCAGGUUGUGGAAAAACUACGUAUUCUGGAUCAUUGUACCCCUCGUUGUAAUCGUCUGUUUUCUCGUCUGCUUGGGUACCUGCCUGUGGCGAAAGAGUCGGCAGAUGGUGAAGGCCGAGAAGUUGAUUAAGAUGGACAAUCUGAUUUACGAACGUUCAGACAAGUUGGCAGCUGAUACCAUGGGCUUAGAUCCUUUCUACCGGGAACUCAUGUGUAGUUUGAUGCCCACUAAAGAAUUACGUGAUCGGUGGUGCUUGGAUAGACGUAAUUUGCGACCCUUUUCCCAACCCCUCGGUAAUGGUCACUAUGGCACUGUCCAGAAGGCCAUUUAUUACGGACCUCGAGAGAAGGACAAAAAGCAUGCUGAUGCUUUCUUUGUGGCUCUUAAAUCACCCUCCGCUGAAAUUGCCAGCCUUUCGUGCUUUCGAAACGAGAUUGCCCAUCUAAUGAAACUCUCUGAUGGGCCAAAUAUUGUCAAAAUGAUUGGUUGUGCCUUUGGCGAGAAAGGUGAUCUGGGAGACACUCUACUGGUGUUGGAAUUCUGUCCAAACACCAGCCUCAGCGACUUCAUCCGUCGUAUGCUCUACCCUCGCGGAUGCUAUGACAACCGACCGAUGUAUGUCCGCAACACAGAGGGUGGAAUCACCACCGGCAGUACGCAGGUCUCCACAACGCCCUUUCCCUCCAGUGAUAGUUCAGUCUCACAAUUUGUUUGGGAUGCUUACAACACACCCAUUCGAGUCAUCCGUAAUGACUAUGAAGAGGCGGAUGAGACACCGAAAUUGCAAGGCAAACGAAGACGGCGUGGUGCUGGUAGUAGUCGACGUAACACAGCCCUGGUUUAUCAGCGUCUAACUCGCAAUUCUUCUUCCAUGUUCCUACAAAUCGCAACGGGUAUUUCCAGAGGUUUGGAGUUCCUAGCUGAAAACAACGUCAUUCAUCGGGACUUGGCAACUCGAAACAUUCUCAUGGAUGCCAAAUAUGAACCGAAGAUUUGCGAUUUUGGACUUGCAGUGACGGUGAAUUCUCCACAAGACUGCUCUAGUGGUACGCCUCAGCAGUCUUCCACUGGCUGCUAUCACAUAAUCACCUUUGCAAAGCAGCUGCCAUUUCGAAUUCUUCCACCGGAAGCGCUUUCCAAGCAACUCUUCUAUCUCUCCUCAGACAUCUGGGAAUUCGGUCUCCUCCUCUGGCAGAUGUUCUUUUUCGAGACUCGGAAACCCUUUGAAAAUGUCCAGAGUUCCGAUGCUCUUUUGCGCUUUCUCUCUUCAGGUCGUCGCCCUUCAAACGGAUUCCUCAACUAUGUCAAUUCCGACAACACUGGUGACAGCUGUCAGGCUCCGCCGACAAUCGAUCGACCUCCGGCUAUUCCCGACGCUUUGUGGGAGGUGAUUUGUGACUGCCUGCGCUUCCAAGCAUCCGAACGACCAAGUGCGUCUGAGGUGCGUCAGCGGCUCGACGAGUGCUAUUCCACUUAUGAAGAAAAUGGUGAUGGCUGGGGCGUCACUGAACAGGGGAACAACUAUUACUUGCUCUGUAAAAGGGUUCCAAGCCACGAGAACGUUUGUGGGAGUUCCUCCUUCGUACAAGAUGUGUUUGGGGAGCCCGGAUCCCAUUUAGCCACCUAUGAGAAUAUUGAACGGGCUCACAAUAGUGCUGGCUACCUGGAAAGCUUCCCGUCAUCCUCCGUCUGA